CCUGGUUUGUUUUUAUAUCGUAUGUGACUGAUCUUUCCCAUCAGGUUGAAGUGGAGGAAGAGCACUGAACUUCAAGCUUUAAAGACAUCAGGGAGAGCUGCUGAAGGCAUUUCAUCAUCCCCCAGUCACCUGACUCACCAGAUAUCAACCUUUGUAUUGGUCUGCAGUUGUUUGCUGAGUUCCAUUGCAUCACAAAUAUGAACCUUCACAACACAUUCUACAGCCAGCUGGACCGACACACACUGCAACAGCAUACAGGCAGAAGGCCUCAGCGACAUAAGAGACAGGCGCUGCAGGAGCAUUUAUAAGCUGAACAGCAUGAUGUACACAAGAAGCACUCUGGCUCUUCAUACCCUCCCAUUGUACCGACAAGGGGAUCUUCAAGACCGGCAAGUGGGACCAUGAGCCAAACUUUGAAGACACCCCUGUAGCUCUCCUCUAUGUGGUCACUGACAGCUCCACUGGUACCAUCCGGUUCAACCCUGACAGCAUUUCUGAUGUGAUUGAACCUUGAUGUGACGGGUCUCCCCAGGUUGGAUGAUGCACAUUUUCAUAAUGUUGGUUUUUAUCUGAAGGUGGAGUGCAACAGCAAAAUGGACCCAACAACAACCUCAUUCUUAAAGAUGGCGGAUGCCGGUGGUCUCCCUCAGCUGACUCAGCCAGCGAAACUGACCGAGGCUUUCAAGUACUUCAUCCAGGGAAUGGGCUACAUGGCUUCAUCUUGCAUGACCCGCCUGUCCCGCUCACGCACCACCUCCCUCUCCUCCUCUUACUCCAUGGAUGGGUCCCGCUCUCGCUCUCGCACCCUGUCCCAGGGCUCGCAGGGCGGUCAGAUGCCGCCUAGCCCCUCCCAAAUGAUGGAGGUGUCCUGCUGAAGCAAAAAAUAAAUAAAAAAUAGUAAGAGAGAGAGCGAGAAAGAGAAGAGGUGGAGGGCUGAAGGAAGGGAAAGAUGAAGAAAUGAUAGUAACGCAGGAACAAGAUGAAUGGGUUACUUAUUUGUCACUAAACAACUAUCAUCAUUCCCCACACUAGCAGGAAAGGAAAACAGAUGAGGAGAGGGAGGGAAACAAGACGAGUAGAAAGAUUUCUGAGGAAUAUCUUCAGACUUUGC